UCUCCAGCCGCAGAAGUUUACAGGGCGGGGAAUUGAAUCUUUUUUCUGUUGGUUCAUAAAAGGCGUACGAUAAAAUGUCGUCUUUGGCAUUGCGUAACGCUUUCGCUCUCAACGCUUUUCCGGCAGCUUUAUCGGCGGCGCCGGUGCCGGCAGGUCGAAACCCCCCGCCACUGGCUUUACUCUCUUCUAGAGGCCUUUCUCCUGUGAGCAAGCGUCGGAUACUCACAAUCUUUCGUCCGCCGACUGCACCGUCCUUUCGGCUGCAGGCUGUCGCAGACGACGACGAGUGGGGGGCCGAGAAGAAGAUUCUGAAGGGAGCCGCCGGAAGUGUGGCAGCGGUGGAGGAGGAAACGACAGAUGUGACUUCUGUGACCGCUGAGCUCAAGCGGAAGCUCCUCGAUCAGUUAUUCGGAACGGAUCGGGGGUUAAAAGCGACGAGCGAGACAAGGGCGGAGGUUAAUGAGCUCAUCACCCAGCUCGAGGCCAAGAAUCCUACUCCUGCUCCCACCGAAGCCCUAAGCUUGCUCAACGGCAAGUGGAUCCUGGCGUACACGUCCUUUGUGGGGCUCUUCCCGCUGCUGGGGGCGGGGAGCCUGCCGCAGCUGGUGAAGGUGGAUGAGAUUUCUCAGACAAUCGAUUCGGAGGCGUUCACCGUCCAGAACUCGGUUCGGUUUGUAGGGCCGUUCUCUUCCACUUCGGUCAGCACUAAUGCCAAGUUCGAAGUACGAAGCCCUAAACGUGUGCAGAUAAAGUUUGAGGAAGGCAUCAUCGGCACUCCCCAGCUCACAGACUCCAUUGUCAUCCCAGAUAAGUUCGAAUUCUUUGGGCAGAGUAUCGAUCUGUCCCCAUUCAAUGGCGUGAUUUCUUCCUUGCAGGACACAGCGUCCUCAGUAGCCAAGACCAUCUCCAGCCAACCUCCCCUCAAAUUCCCUAUUUCUAACAGCAAUGCUCAGUCAUGGCUGCUCACCACAUACCUUGACGAUGAACUCAGAAUCUCCAGAGGUGAUGGUAGCAGCGUCUUUGUGCUUAUCAAGGAAGGCAGUGCUCUCUUAAGUUAAGGAAGCCUUCAAUGAACCGUUUAGGUUCUGGAAUGGAUAUUUUAUGUUAUUAGGAAUUGGUUGAAUUGAACUUAUAUAUGUAAUACAUGAAUUUGUGCUGCUAUUUCUGGGUUUAGAACGUGAAAAUAUGAUUUAUGGAGAUAAGUAUUUGAUUAA